AUGCCUUGUUUGAAUCUGGUGGCCCUUCGCCGCACCGAGUCAACUCGUCGUAGUACGUCGCGACUUUUGCCUCCUUCAUUUUUGAGCUCGACGAGCCGAUGCCGGAGAGAGAAAAGGAUGAGGGCUGGAGUUCGUGAGAGGCGAGAGGGGGUGAACAAGGGGCGUUGGGAACUAGUUGAUUAG